GUUGGGCCAGAUAAUGAGGUUGUAAGCAUGCAAGAGGAUAAUGAGGUUGUAAGUGUGCAAGAGAAUAAUGAUAUGGGUGUGCAAGUGGAUGGAGAUGUAAGUAUACCACUAGAUGUUAUAAGUAGACCAAUGAAUGAGGAUGAAGAUGAAGAUGAAGGUGAAAAAACUGACCCAGAUUAUGAACUAGAGGAAGAAGAGGAAGAUGAUGAUGAUGAUGAUAGUUAUAAUCCUAGUUGGCUAUAUGAGGACCUUGAAGGGCCUGAUUAUGAUGAUAUUUUCAAACCUAAGGAUGAUGGUAAAAAUAAGAAGAUUGUGGAGCCAACUCUAGUGGAGUUAAAGCUUCAGGACUGGUUAUCAGACCAUGGUGAUGAUGAUGAAUUGCAUACCAUAAAAGGAUUAGAUGAGGAAAGUAAUAAGACCAAUGACCCAGAAUUUUUUGGACAUGGAAAAGCAUGUGAUAACUAGGGGAAUGAAAUUCAGCAAUGCUAUUGCGUUUAGAAAGGCACUUAGAGAGUGUGUAGGCGCAAUGGGGAUAUGAUCAUGAAUUUGUAAAGAAUGAGAGUUCAAGAGUUAUAGUGCAAUGUAAGGAAAAAUGUGGGUUUAGGGUCCAUGCUUCUUCGAUGCAAAAGGAAAGGACAUUUUAGGUUAAGUCAAUACACCCUAAACACUAUUGCCUCAGGACCUACAGCAAUCACCUUGUUAAUUCCAAGUACAUUGCUGAGAAAUACAUUGACAAGUUGAUGGAUGAUUCAUAUAAAAAGUAUUUAAGGAACCAGAAUGGGGGUUUUAUACUCAACAAAGCAAAACUAGUUCAUCCACAGUAAACAAAACCAAGGUAAAUGAUGUUGUAAUGUAGUUCCUAAACUGGUGUUAGAGUUCUAGUAUAGUUCCUUAACUGAAGACACUUUAGUUGUGUAGGCAAGGGAAAAGUUGCCUUGCAUUGGUGGCAAAGGUCGUGGUUCUGGAAAUGUGAUUAGAGGAAGGGGAAAAGGUUCUGCAAAUGUGGUUAGGGGAAGGGGAAGGGCAACUGCCAGGGGGUGGAUCGCACCAAGACCUAACUAAACUGCCUCUCUUAAUUAGUACUUAUUUUUGGGAAUUAUGUUGGUAAUUCUAGCAGUGUUUAUGGACUUAUGUAACUGGUAAGGUUUGAACUAUCUUUUGGGAAUUUCUUGUAUGAGUAAACUGGUAUGAACUUUGUUAACUCUGGUAGGUAAUUGGUAAUGUUUGAACUCUGUUUUGGAAAAUUCUGGCAUGUAUCUAAACUGGUAUUUGAACUGGUAUCUAUUGGUGAAUAUCUACCUUUGAACUCUGUUUUUUGCUGGGUUUAUAUGUUGUGGCUUUCGAUAAUGUAAUUGCUGGGUUUUUUUGGUAUGAUUGUUGGAUUGACAAUGUAAUUGCUGGGAUUUUUUGCUAUGAUUGCUGGAUCUUCAUGCAGGCAUUUUGUUGGUAAUAACAGAGCAUUUCAUUCAUGGUCAAAACAGCCCAUUACAGAUCAUCUCUUGCUUACAUUACAUAUUGCAUUUCAUUGAUACUACAUGCUCAGAUUACCCAAUACCCUCACUAUUUAUUUAGCUAAGUACGCAAUAAGAAAACAUAAGAUAAGAAGCCAGGUAGCCCACAACAUUCCUCGUUGUCUUCUCUCUUCUGCCUUGGUUUUAUCAAGCUGCCUCUCUAGCAAAUCAAUCUUUUGCACAAGCUCAUCUCUUUCACAAUCACACAGAGAAUCGAUCCAUUCGAAAAAGCCACAUUUUUUUCCUUUCUGCACACACACGAACUAUGAAUACCCAAUAGGCUACUAAUUCACAAAUAAAAUCAAUAUACAUAUCCAAUAGUUAGCACAUCCGUAGAACCUCAUUCCCAUGCUUGUAGGUUUGUUAGAUGUCCGCACGAAGGCAACUUUACCACAAAGGCAACGUGGGUGCGUUAUUUGGCUUGAACUUGAUGGUGUUCUUGAUGUUUGAGAAGUUGGCAUUUUGUGAGGGAAGAGAGUGGAUGAGUGAGAAAUUUUCCCUAUGCUCUGUUUUUGGGAGAAAAGGGACCUCUGGACUGGUUAUAAAUGGCUUCUAGGGGUAUUUUAGGCAUUUUUUGCAGUCAUUUUGGAGGGAAAACUCCCGCCACUCAUUUUUCCAUCCAAUUUAACGGGAUUUUUAACAGUUGCACUUCACUCGUAAGUACAAGUGGUGUAAGUGCCUAAAUUUGAAGUACGAGGGGUGUAUCUGCCAAAAUAUGUAAGUACAUGGGGUGUAAGUGCAAA